AUGAAUAAGUAUCUGGUUGCAUUGGGCCUACUGCUCUAUCCGCUGGGUUCAUUGGACGGCGCCAGGCUAAUUGUUCAACCCUGCAAUGAGUCUGACAUUUCAAUAGCGCUCGCGCAAAUUAUCAGCGGCCUGCGACCACUCUCUCUGGCCAUAUUGGCACUUCCCAGCUUCGCUCUCACUGACGAGAGCUGUUGGAAAGAUCGUCGAAUUAAUGUGGAUGAUUUUCUGCAGCGGCUUCAUCGGCUUUAUUAUAAAUCGGCUAUUUUCAGCGACACGGAGCUUUUUUUUCAGCACAUUGAGGCCAAUCUCCUGGGCGCCAACGAGUGCGUCAGCCUAAUCCUGGACGAGCCGAAGGAGCUGUUAAGUAGCCUCCAAGAGCGCCGCUUAGCCCAUCGACUUAGUUUGUUUAUCUUCUAUUGGGGAGCACAUUAUCCGCCAAGGGCAAGUACAAUGAGUUUUAGGGAACCGCUGCGGGCAGUUGUGGUUACCCAUCCCCGCCACAAGGCCUUCCGUAUUUACUACAACCAGGCCCGGCCACGCAACGUUAGUCACCUGCAGCUGGUAAACUGGUACGACGGUGAUAACCUUGGCCUUCAGCGGAGCCCUCUCCUCCCAACCGCAGCUUCCGUCUACGCCAACUUUGAAGGUCGCGUUUUCCGGGUACCAGUAUUUCAUUCUCCGCCGUGGUUUUGGGUAAAUUAUUGCAAUAAUAGCUACAAGGAGGACGAUGAGUUGAAGAUCCUUGACGGCACGGAGUACAAAGAGGUGCUAGUCACGGGUGGACGCGAUCACCGUCUGCUCAUGCUAUUGGCCCAGCACAUGAACUUUCGAUUCAAGUACAUCGAAGCCCCUGGACGAACACAGGGCUCAAUGAGAUCUGACGAUGCUAGAGAGUCGAACGAUAGUUUUACCGGUGGCAUAGGAUUGCUGCAAAAUGGACAGGCAGAUUUUUUGUUGGGCGACGUUGGUCUAAGCUGGGAGCGUCGUAAGGCAAUCGAGUUCUCAUUCUUCACCCUGGCCGAUUCAGGGGCCUUCGCCACACAUGCCCCCAGGCGCCUUAACGAAGCCCUGGCCAUAAUGCGUCCCUUUAAGCAAGACAUUUGGCCAUAUCUUAUUCUCACGAUCAUCUUUUCCGGUCCUAUCUUCUACGGUAUUAUCGCCAUGCCCUAUAUCUGGCGUCGACGUCCAAUCGUACCAGAUCUCGAACUCCUUGGGGAAAUGCGAAUCUACAUGGUCUACAUAAAGGAAAUUACACCGUGCGUUUUAAAGUUCAAGCAUAAGAAGAUACUGUCCACCCCGCAGAUGCCCCUCCAUCUAUUUGAGAAUUGCAUUUGGUUUGCUUUACGUCUGUUUUUGAAACAAUCCUGCCAAGAACUAUAUCACGGCUACCGUGCCAAGUUUCUGACCAUUGUGUACUGGAUAGCAGCGACUUAUGUUUUGGCCGAUGUAUAUUCAGCGCAACUGACCAGUCAGUUCGCACGGCCCGCCCGCGAGCCACCGAUCAACACGCUUCAGCACCUGCAGGCAGCCAUGAUUCGCGACGGAUACCGCCUUUAUGUGGAGAAGGAGAGCAGCUCUUUAGAGAUGCUUGAAAAUGGGACGGAAAUCUUUCGGCAGCUUUACGCUCUGAUGCGGCGGGAGCCAGAUGGCCCUCUUCGAUUUCUUAUUGACUCGGUGGAAGCUGGCAUCCAACUGAUCGCCGAAGGCGGAGAGGACAAAGCGGUGCUGGGAGGAAGGGAAACACUUUUCUUUAAUAUUCAGCAAUAUGGUGCAAAAUAUUUUCAGCUCAGUCAAAAGCUAUACACUCGGUACUCGGCAGUAGCCGUACAGAUUGGAUGCCCUUUUCUGGACACCUUGAACAAUGUCCUCAUGCACUUGUUCGAGGGAGGAAUCCUAGAAAAGAUGACCACUGCCGAAUACGCGGCACAGUCCCGCAAGAUUUCCAAGGAUAACGUCAGGCAAUACAAUGAGUUGGCAGCUACGGAAAACGGUAAAGCCAGUGGCAAUGGAAGAAACACCGAGGUUCAGAGCCGAAAUCAAAACAACGAUCCCGAUAUUAUCAGUCCACUAAGCCUCCGCAUGCUGCAAGGGGCUUUUAUCGUACUAGGAGUAGGCGGACUAGUUGCAGGAACUAUUCUGCUGUUAGAGCUGCUCUUUUGUGAAAUUAAUCUUGGUCAGAAGCGUUUAUAG